AUGAGCGACAAAACAACUCAGCAUCCCCUUGAUGGCUUCGAGAUUUUCAAUGCUUACUUUUGCGAUGUCCUCGAAGACUGUGUCGACACCGAAACCCCCGACACGGAAAUAACAGCCAUCAUCAGUGAGCAUUUUACUCAAUCGCACAUCACCGAGGAACAAAAUGAGAACAAUGCGAUCCCCACCAAGCUCAUUGAAAAGAUGAUCAAGAACAAGCGGGGUAAGAGCAAGAAAAAGGUGUAUAGUAAGAGCAAGAAACCGAGUAAAGCGAGUCUCGUUCAGAAGCCUAAGAAGACUCUCACUCAGCAGGACAAGGCGAAGAAAAUUCAGCAGGGUGAGAUCAAGACAAUCAAGACAACCAAGCGCAAGGAGAAGACCACCGAGGAAAAGAAAGAGGAUAUUCAAAAGAAGAUGAAGGACCCGUUUGGCCCAAUUUGUGAUCUUCGUCCCAAAAGGGAUGUUGUUUGCGAGCCUGGUAGCUUCGGUAAUGAAAACCCCAGCAACAAGGAGCUUAUUGCGAAGGUGAGGGGUGCUCUGAAGAUUUACAAAGACCUCAACAGCAGGAAGAAAAAGACUGAAAUGAUCAAUCAUAUCUUUGAUGGAGUGAAAUCUGGAGGAGGAAGAUUCCUCGUGAGGCUCGAUAAAAGAGAGCGAGAAUGGAAGGAAAUGAAGGAUGAAGCUGGGAGGGACAAGAUUUCCCAUAUGUUUCGGGACGAAGCGAAGAAGGCGAGGAACGGGAGGAAGGCAGAAGCCUCCUUUGCUUCACUUGAGAUGGUUGCGGUUUGA